CCUCCUUACCCCUUGCCAGGGUGUAUGAGUGGGUGGUUAGCCGGUGGUGGCUUCAGGCUGGGGGCUCGGGCUGCAGAGAAGCCCAAGUUAGUUUCUCGGACCCCAGUUCUUCAUCUAGAAGCAGCUGUCUGUCGGCUUUGGGACCAGAGACCUUGCAGGUGGCCUGUGCCUCCACACCUGUCAGCACAUCCCCAGAGUCUGAAGAGGCGCAGGGGCCCGUACCCUGCUCAGUGCAGCGGCGGCGAUGCCGGACCCCGCGGCGCACCUGCCCUUCUUCUACGGCAGCAUCUCGCGCGCCGAGGCCGAGGAGCACCUGAAGCUGGCGGGCAUGGCCGACGGGCUCUUCCUGCUGCGCCACUGCCUGCGCUCUCUGGGCGGCUAUGUGCUCUCGCUCGUGCACGACGUGCGCUUCCACCACUUCCCCAUCGAGCGCCAGCUCAACGGCACCUACGCUAUUGCGGGCGGAAAAGCGCACUGCGGCCCCGCUGAGCUCUGCGAGUUCUAUUCGCGCGACCCAGACGGGCUGCCCUGCAACCUGCGCAAGCCGUGCAACCGGCCGUCGGGGCUCGAGCCGCAGCCCGGGGUCUUCGACAGCCUACGCGAUGCCAUGGUGCGCGACUACGUGCGCCAGACUUGGAAACUAGAGGGCGAGGCCCUGGAGCAGGCCAUCAUCAGCCAGGCCCCUCAGGUGGAGAAGCUCAUUGCCACGACGGCUCACGAGCGGAUGCCCUGGUACCACAAAAGCCUGACGCGCGAGGAGGCGGAGCGCAAACUCUACUCAGGCUCACAGACGGACGGCAAGUUCCUGCUGAGACCCCGGAAGGAGCAGGGCACCUAUGCGCUGUCUCUGAUCUAUGGGAAGACUGUGUACCACUACCUCAUCAGCCAGGACAAGGCGGGCAAAUACUGCAUUCCCGAGGGGACCAAGUUUGACACGCUCUGGCAGCUGGUGGAGUACCUGAAGCUGAAGGCUGAUGGGCUCAUCUACUGCCUAAAGGAGGCCUGUCCCAACAACAGCGCCAGCUCAGAGGCCGCUGCUCCCACACUCCCCGCCCACCCAUCCACAUUCACCCAGCCUCAGAGACGGAUCGACACGCUCAACUCAGAUGGAUACACCCCUGAACCAGCAUGCCUAGCGUCCUCAGAGAAGCCGCGAUCGAUGCCCAUGGACACCAGCGUGUACGAGAGCCCCUACAGCGACCCCGAGGAGCUCAAAAACAAGAAGCUCUUCCUGAAGCGCGAGAACCUCCUCAUGGCCGACAUAGAACUCGGCUGCGGCAACUUUGGCUCCGUUCGCCAGGGCGUCUACCGCAUGCGCAAGAAGCAGAUCGACGUGGCCAUCAAGGUGUUGAAACAGAACACAGAGAAGGCGGACAAGGAUGAGAUGAUGCGGGAGGCGCAGAUCAUGCACCAGCUGGACAACCCCUACAUCGUGCGGCUCAUCGGCGUGUGCCAGGCCGAGGCCCUCAUGCUGGUGAUGGAGAUGGCGGGCGGCGGGCCGCUGCACAAGUUCCUGCUCGGGAAGAAGGAGGAGAUCCCUGUCAGCAAUGUGGCGGAGCUGCUGCACCAGGUGUCCAUGGGCAUGAAGUACCUGGAGGAGAAGAACUUUGUGCACCGUGACCUGGCGGCCCGCAACGUCCUUCUGGUCAACCGGCACUACGCCAAGAUCAGCGACUUUGGUCUCUCCAAGGCACUGGGUGCUGAUGACAGCUACUACACCGCUCGCUCGGCGGGGAAGUGGCCGCUCAAGUGGUACGCGCCUGAGUGCAUCAACUUCCGCAAGUUCUCCAGCCGCAGUGACGUCUGGGGCUACGGGGUCACCAUGUGGGAAGCCUUCUCCUAUGGCCAGAAGCCCUACAAGAAGAUGAAGGGCCCCGAGGUCAUGGCCUUCAUCGAGCAGGGCAAGCGGAUGGAGUGCCCCCCAGAGUGUCCGCCCGAAAUGUACAAGCUCAUGAGCGACUGCUGGACCUACAACUCUCCAACAGACUGACCCUACAAUGCUCCACUGGUCCAGCACCCCAGCACCCUACCUGCGGACACCCACUGCUCCAGCAUCUAAAACCUCAGUCUCCCACCAGCCAAUACUCAAAUGAUCCUGCAACACUCAGACAAGUCAGUACUGUUACCCAAACUAUGAUACCAAUACUCAGGGCAUGGGAUGAUACUCCAUUAUAUAAUUCCUGUUUCCCAUCAGCCAACAUUCAACACCUAAUUACCCAUUCAGGCCAACACCAAAGCACCCAGAUACUCAGUGCCCUCCCACCUCUGUCUGCUCGAAGCCCGGCGCUUGAACAUGCCAACUCCUAACACCAUCAAUACCUCCCCUUCCCAUCACACAACAGGCAACAUGCACCCAAACAAGCUAUUACCCUACACUAACCCUGCAAUGCACGGGCAUUCCAAUAUUUGGUACCUUUCCUGCCCCAGCACCCAUUAUUCCACUGGCCAACACCUUCCACACUGAUACCCAAACACCCAAGCACUCCAAUAAAUACACACCCUACUUAUGAUAAAUGAAUAAGAAAUGAUCAGCCCAUCCCUUCUCCACCAAGUAUUAACUCAACCUCUACCAAGAAACAAUACACCAACACCCCAAUACCCAAAGAGGCUAGCAUCUAACACCCCAACGCAAUACAUGGAUAUUCCACACACAUACCGUUAAUACCCUGACUCUCCACUAGCUGCACCCAUCCUCACACCAUUAAUUCCCUGACUCCCCACUAGCUGCACCCAUCCUCCAGACGCCAAUGUUCCUCUCCUUUGCGGGCAGCAUACUUGCAUCCGUGUGAGCCCAUACCCAGCACCCCAAUACCCUGGCCAAAUGCACACGCUCAGCACAUCACCAUUCAACAUCCCAGCUCCCCGUGGUCCACAGUUGUCACCCCUGCACUCAGGGAGCUCCCUUCCCUGAGUCUUCGCCAGUCAACACUCAGUAUAUGGUUCCCCUGCAUCCUGGAUGUCAGCUCUUCACCUAGGCGAUACGGCCAACCCGGGAUUGCGGUCCUCUCACACCCAGGAGACCCCUCCAUUACCCGAUACCCACCCCCCACCCCAGGCCCACUGCUUCCUGAGCCCCGGGCAUGUCCACCCACCAGCUGAAGUCGGGUUCUGGGGGUGUGGUCUGGAUCAAUCAGGAUCCAGUCUGGAUCUCCCCGACCCCUCACAGGUGGGAGGACCGUCCAGACUUCCUGACCGUGGAGCAGCGCAUGCGCACCUACUACUACAG